AUGUCGUUUCAAUUUGUGAUCACCACAUCAGCUUCGGCUCCCCAGUCAAGCUCCCCUACAGAGCCCCCCAAGUCUCAAUCGACACGGUAUGACUUGCCUGGGUAUACUCUACCUCUAAAUUUUACACCCUCAAGUAAAAAGCGAGCUGAAACGUUAUUUGAUAAUGUCUUGGACCCUGACCGAAUUGAAGACACUGGGUCCGAAAAGACUCUCUGGGAAAUAUUCAUGAUGCAAAUGAUGAAUGCGAUCACCGAUAAGCCAGAAUGGCAUAAGAAGGUUUUUGAUGAGAACAUCACAUCCAAAUGGAAGCAAGAGAUAGCCGAUAGUGGCAGGGAUCUCACGCCAGAGAUGAUCGAUUAUGUCAUUGACGAGUUAAAGUACAAUUCAAAAGCAUUCCAGGAGACUGGCAUUAUAAGUGCUUUCGACGGUGAGGUGGUCAAGUCCGACACUGCUAUCUCAGAAGAACUUCGACAUGCCCUCAAGGAAGCAGUACGGCCCCUUGAGGAAAUUCCCGAAGACCAAAAGGACUAUCAUCCUUCGUCUGACGAUAAGGUUGUUGACUUGGUACACCCAUCCCUGUUCCCUCUCGUAUACGGCCGCAGUCGGAUCCUCAAAGACACCGUUACCGGACUAGAUGACUUUCUGAAUCGCUCGGGACAGGGCGAGACUCUUGCUGUUCCCCCAGAAAAGGACGCCUGGAUAGGUUACGGUAACUAUCUAUCCAGGGGUAGGUCGCGAACACCCUACAGCCGGAAGUUCCAAUGGCUGCCUUGCGAUGUGGAAUUGGAUGACAAUGACGGAUGUCGCAUUGCAUCUUACAUUAACAAUCUACGUCCGGACAAGCAUUCAAAUCUAUAUGAGAUCAUUCAGAAGAUCAUUUCACAGACAAUUCCGCUGUGGAACAAGACUCUGACGCCAUUAAUGGAUGAUCCUCACAAUCGAAUUAACUAUUCGAAGGUUGUUUACCUCCCAGGUUCAACUCCCAAGCCCAAGCAAGAACCCGGUGAAAGUGAGGACGACUAUUGGGAUCGUGAAUGGGAAUGGGAAACAUCUAGGCCUGUGAAAGCGCCUCAUGUUGGUAAAUUCAGGCCCCCGAUAGUCUUUUCAGAAGAUGAAAACGUGAACCUACACCGCUCCUUCCGGGAAAAAGGUUUGCAGGUGAUAGUUAAAUUGGCCAACAUCGAAUUGACUCCAGAGAAGCCAUCGUAUGCAGGAGGCUCGUGGCAUAUUGAGGGGCAAAUGAACGAGCACAUCUGCGCCAGCGCAAUUUACUAUUACGACAGUGAAAACAUCACCUCAAGCACCCUCUCCUUUCGACAGCGGGUACGCACAUCUGAAAUCUCAACGGAGGUUAGCUAUGAACAAGGCCAUAAUCGCUGGUUAAAACAAGUCUACGGCUGCAGCAAUUACGGCCCCGUCACGCAAGACCUAGGCAGUGUCUCCUGCAACGAAGGCCGUCUCAUCACCUUCCCCAACAUCCUCCAACACCGCGUCUCGCCCUUUGAAUUGGCCGAUCCCUCGAAACCAGGCCAUCGCAAGAUCCUCGCUCUCUUUCUCGUCGACCCGCAUAUCCGCAUCACUUCUACCGCCAACAUCCCGCCCCAGAGAGCGGACUGGUUCGAGGAAAAGGUGAAUAUUCGACGGGACCUGCUGGAGAAGAGACUACCUCCUGAGUUGCAGAAUAUGGUCCUUGAGAAUCUGGAUAACUUUCCCAUCACAAUGGAUGAAGCUAAAGAGCUUCGACUGGAGCUUAUGGGAGAGAGGUCGGCGAUUUCUGACCAGCAUAAUGAGCUCUUCGCGGAGGGACAGUUUUCUCUUUGUGAGCAUUGA